GUCACUGCCUCAAGAAGUUUACCAUCUAACUAGACAAGGGCAGGUCUGUUUUCCCCGUUUUACAGCUGGGUUACUGAGGCCUAAGGAGAUGGAGGUUCAGAUGUGGAGCUGGGCAGGAAAAUGUCAAGACAAUGUGCAUUCGCAGGUCGACGUUAGAGCACUUCGAGUCACUGACCUUUAAUCACAAAGUGAUGCUCAACCAUCACCAUAGCAGAGCUGAGCCCCUUCUAUCUAGCCCCCCACCACACACCCCUCAUCCAUCCCUCCCCCAGACUCCAGCAGAUCUGGUGGCCCCAGCAGCAGGUACUCCCCAGCCUUCCUAGCUGAGGUCUCUGGGACUGGUGGGCCCACACUGACACCGUCUGCCUUUGCUUUGGAGGUGGAAGGAAGCCGGCUGAGACGGCCAGGGAGGGGUCUGAGCUGGAACACGGCCUCUGUGUGAUUAUGGACAGCUUCUACAGAUACGCCGAGGGCCCGCCUGGAGCGAAGGCGCUGGACCAGGCGGCUUUCCAGAACCUGCUCAGCAAUGAGUUGAGCCAUCAGCUCACGAACACAGAGGUCGAGGCGGCCGUGAUGCGCACGUUUGAGAAGUUAGAUGCCAACAAAGAUCAGAAAAUCUCCUUCGACGAGUACUGGCAACUCAUCACCUGGAUUUGCCAAGUGAUCCGGCGCCGCGAUUAUAACGAGUAG